UUCAUUUUGGCACUUCAUGUUUUUCUGAAAACUUCGCGGCGAUUUUCCCCUUGCACCAGCCUGGACUAAUGGAUUACCACCUGCUUGGACUAAUUCUGUCUUUUCUCUUCAAUGGCACAAAGGUCUUAGCCGGUUACCCAAUUUGGUGGUCCCUGGCCCUGGGCCAGCAGUACAGCUCGCUGGGCUCCCAGCCCCUGCUGUGCGGCUCCAUCCCCGGCCUGGUGCCCAAGCAGCUCCGCUUCUGCCGCAACUACAUCGAGAUCAUGCCCAGCGUGGCCGAGGGCGUCAAGCUGGGCAUCCAGGAGUGCCAGCACCAGUUCCGGGGCCGCCGCUGGAACUGCACCACCAUCGAGCACAGCCUGGCCAUCUUCGGGCCCGUGCUGGACAAGGCCACUCGAGAAUCCGCCUUCGUGCACGCCAUCGCCUCGGCCGGGGUGGCCUUCGCCGUCACCCGCUCCUGCGCCGAGGGCACCUCCACCAUCUGCGGCUGCGACUCCCACCACAAGGGGCCCCCGGGGGACGGCUGGAAGUGGGGGGGCUGCAGCGAGGACGCGGAUUUCGGGGUGCUGGUGUCGCGGGAGUUCGCGGACGCGCGGGAGAACCGGCCGGACGCGCGCUCCGCCAUGAACCGGCACAACAACGAGGCCGGGCGCACGACCAUCCUGGACCACAUGCACCUCAAGUGCAAGUGCCACGGGCUCUCGGGGAGCUGCGAGGUGAAGACCUGCUGGUGGGCGCAGCCCGAUUUCCGCGCCAUCGGCGAUUACCUGAAGGACAAGUACGACAGCGCCUCCGAGAUGGUGGUGGAGAAGCACCGCGAGUCCCGCGGCUGGGUGGAGACUCUCAGGGCCAAGUACGCGCUGUUCAAGCCGCCCACGGAGCGGGACCUGGUGUACUACGAGAACUCCCCCAAUUUCUGCGAGCCCAACCCCGAGACGGGCUCCUUCGGGACCAGGGACAGGACGUGCAACGUCACCUCCCACGGCAUCGACGGCUGCGACCUGCUGUGCUGCGGGCGGGGCCACAACACCCGGACUGAGAAGCGCAAGGAGAAGUGUCACUGCAUCUUCCACUGGUGCUGCUACGUCAGCUGCCAGGAGUGCACGCGGGUCUACGAUGUCCACACCUGCAAGUGAG